AUGUCCAACCCCGCGGGCCAACCGGACGUCAAGCUCCCCUCACGGUCUGGGACUGUGACGAGCAAUCUCACUCGCCGGACUUCUAACAGCGAUGAUGAGGCUAUUCCAGACUCUGACAGCGGCGAGGUAUGUUACAAAAGCCCCCCCAUAGGGCAGCGAUCCUAUUCAAGCCCAGUACCCCGCGUCGAACGUCUCAGAGCAUGGAAGCACUUGUGUGGGAAUCUCGAAGAUUAUGUCUCGAUGCACGCCAAGGUUGCCAAAUCUCAUUCCAAGGACUACGAGAAGAUCCUAAAGAUUGCCAGUGAGCCACUGAAGGAAAGCCAUCAUUUCAGCACCAGUGACGGCGGUGUGGCCAGCCUCUUCGAAAAAAUGAGGACCAACUCUCAGGGCAUUGUGAAUAUGUAUCUCGAGACUGAAAAGAGCCUGACCGGCAGCAUCUUGCCCACUCUCACCCGGCUUCAUAAGGAAAUCAAGGGUAAAUCCAAAGAGCUCACUACGGGCGCUGCCAAGGGAGCCAAGGCUGUCGAAAAGGCCCGCGGCGUUACCCAGAAACACAUUGAGCUUCUGGGCCAGAACGCUACUUCAUUUGAUACCUCGAUCGGCAAGAUCGAUCCCACCCAUGACCCUUACGUUCUAAAGCGGGGUACCAAUCACCGCCUCAACAAGCAGGUGGCUGAAGAGAACAAUCACCGCCAAGAUAUCCUGGCUGUCCAGAAUUCUUUCCAGCAGUUCGAAGCAUACAUUUUGCAGACUAUACAGACGGUUCUGGACAACUUCUUCCAGCUCAUGGGUGGCCAAAUGGACCGCCAACGGGCUAUGUAUGGUGAAAUCCUGGCCACUGCGCAGCGCAUCCCUCCCGACUUCGAGUGGAUCAACUUCUGUAUGAACAACGAUACUAAGCUCGUCAACCCUGACUCGCCCCCUCGCGACUUCGCAAGCAUCUCCUACCCCAAUCAAAACCACCGCUCUACUCAGCCCCUCAUUGAGGGCGCCCUGGAGCGCCGCUCCCGUGCCAUGAUCAAGGGCUACAACAAUGGCUACUAUGUUGUGACCCCAGCUCGCUAUCUGCACGAGUUCAAGGACAAUGACGAUUUUCGUCGAGACCCUACCCCAGAGCUCUCGCUCUACUUGCCAGACUGUGUCGUUGGUGCCAUCGACGGUGCCAAGUUCAAUGUCAAGGGCAAGGACGUCUCGAACGGCAAGGUUGGCAAUGCCUUCCACACUAAUACCGAGCUCAGCUUCAAAGCCCGCAGCCCCUCUGAUGCCGAGAAGUGGUGGUCUGUCAUCAAGGACUGCACCCGCGCUGGAGCACCAGCGCCCUCUUCGGACCCUACUGGCCCCUCAGAGCCAGGCAACCAGCCGCCCCCGACCUACGCCGCGGGCGAGCAACAAGCUGCCCCUUCCGCUGCGGCCGCGGCUGCUCCUGCCUCUGAUGCCACGGCUCACCCCGCUGGGGGCUCGGGUAAUCCUUCUGCUGCAACUGAUGUGAAGACCCCCGUGGGCGAGAAGGAGGUCUCCACCCCGGCUAUCCCCAAGCCGACCCGUACCGCUAGCUCUGGAAGCUACUUCACCGGACCCAGUGGCAGUGCCGUUGGAGAGAAGUCAUAG